AUGAAGAACAUAUUCGUCUUAUUGUCAUUAUUUUUUGCCACAUUUGUUUUCGCACAAGUAGGGGAGGUUGACUUGGUUAAUCAUGCAAUUGUCAGGAGAGCAGACGAGCCAUCACAGCAAGAGUUGGAAGAAGUGGACCAAUAUUUGAAACAGUUGGUUGCGGCAGUCACUGGUAACAUCACCAAAAGAGAUAACCCUGCUUUGACCGCUGCAUUCACAGCAUUAAACAAAUCGGGAACCGGUGUUCAGAUUGUUCAUGGUUUGGCCACAAACUCUCUUUCCCAAGGAACCACCAUCAAGGCUGUUGAAGAGUACUUGAAAAACACUGGUUUGACUACUUUGUUGGAAGCUGCUGAUAACUCUGGCUUAGCUGUUUCUGUGGUAAUGAGAUUCUUUAUAAACUACAAGUUGAUUCCUGCUUUAUGGGACAUCAUUGUGGCUCUUUACAAUAAUGGGAUGAUUUCAGUCAAGAGAUUGGAUUUGUUGGGAAUCGUUGGUUCAAUUAUCGGUGGUGUUCAAGAAUCUAUCUGGUCAUCAGUUAUCACUUUGGUUAAUCUCGUUGCUGACCCAGAAUCAAUCUGUGAGUCAUUGAACAAGUCAGGGUUGGGUGUAUCAAUUGUUGAUGAUCUCUUCUCAACUAGUGAUGGUCAGCUGUUCCUCGUCAAGUUAAUUACCUCACUCAUCAAUGACGGCAUCAUAACCAUGGGAAUCUUGCUUGACGCAUUGAGAGAUUCAAGUUUUCUUCAAAACACAUUCACCAAGGUACUUUCAAGCUCUACAAACAGAAAGAUUAUUUUCAUCUGGGCUGUAAACAACUUGGUCUCUUUGAUCAAAUACAUCUUUUAG